CAUCCAAUGCCCGCGUUGCUUUGACAGUGUAUCCAAGAAGCAUUUGUGCAACAACAUAGAGAAGGAAUCUGAAUGAGUACCUCUUGGAGAGUGUUUGGAGUAGAUGAAUCUGUAGAAGAAAAAAGAAACCAAAAUCAAUGUGGCGAAGAUCACCGUCGUUUAUCCUCGACGAGCGACGAAGCUCGAAUUCACCUCCCAUGGCCGAUACAACAAGAGGUCCCUUUCAAAACCCUGAUUCCAUCUCCGCUUAUUACCAAACUCGCGCGGCGCAUCACGGUGUCAUUACAAGCGACUGGUUAGCCCAAGCUCAAGCCGCCGUUGGCCGGGUCACAGGCGAGGACCAGCCUCUCUCAUCCGAUAAUCAGCUGGGAACGGAGAAGUCGUUUAAUGUAAUUGAAGAGUUCAACAACUGGAGAAAGCAACCGGAUCUGGCUGAAGCCGUCGCGGCUAUUCGAGCUCUCGCUGCCGUUAUUCGUGCGAGUGAAGCUAGCACUAUGAUGGAGCUUGAAAUUGAGCUCAAAAAGGCCUCUGAUACACUCAAGUCAUGGGAUAAAACAUCAAUCUCUUUGACAGCUGGAUGCGAUUUGUUUAUAAGAUACGUAACGAGAACGUCUGCUUUAGAAUACGAAGAUUUCAAUUCAGCUAAGUCUCGUCUUCUUGAACGUGCUGAGAAAUUUGGGGAAAUAUCUUGCAAGGCUCGUAGGAUUAUCGCAAUGCUUAGUCAAGAUUUUAUAUUCGAUGGUUGUACCAUAUUGGUUCAUGGACUCUCUAGAGUUGUUCUGGAAAUACUAAAGACUGCUGCACAAAACAACAAGCUCUUUCGAGUUCUCUGCACAGAGGGAAGGCCUGAUGGAACAGGAGUUUUGUUAUCGAGUGAGCUAUCGAAGCUUGAUAUCCCAGUGAAACUACUGCUUGAUUCAGCUGUGGCGUAUAGCAUGGACGAGGUAGACAUGGUUUUUGUCGGGGCAGAUGGAGUUGUAGAAAGUGGCGGUAUUAUCAACAUGAUGGGAACAUACCAAAUCGCACUUGUGGCACACAGCAUGAACAAACCGGUCUAUGUUGCCGCCGAGAGUUACAAGUUCGCUAGGCUUUACCCAUUAGACCAAAAGGACAUGGCACCAGCGCUGAGACCAAUCGAAUUUGGUGUAAAGAUUCCGACAAAGGUGGAAGUAGAGAGGUCAGCUCGAGACUAUACCCCGCCUCAGUACCUAACGCUCCUCUUCACGGACCUUGGCGUUCUCUCUCCCUCUGUAGUUAGCGAUGAGCUUAUUCAACUCUAUCUCUAAUUUCAACUCCUAAUUAAAUAACUAACUAUUA